GGGCAGAUAGCCACUUUCUGUCAAGGGAGGAGAACAGGCAGCAAACCGAACCAUGGAGUUGUCUGGUGCCUUCACCCUCUUCCUUGUCCUUUACCUAUCCAUCCUUCUUAUCUUCACAGCCCUAAGGGAUUAUCGCGAAAGAAAACGCUCCCCCCCCGGCCCCAUCCCUUUGCCUUUCAUUGGAAAUUUCAUGCAGCUCAGGUCCACCGAACUUUUAAAAUCUCUUCUCAAGCUGCGUGAAAAAUACGGCCCUGUGUUCACCGUCUAUUUUGGAACGCGUCCGGUUGUGGUCUUGUGUGGACAUCAGGCUGUGAAGGAAGCCCUGGUAGACAAGGCAGAUGAAUUCAGCGGAAGGAUAGCCAACGCUACUGUGGAUGACACCUUCCAAGGAUACGGGGUGACUUUUGCCAAUGGGAAUCACUGGAAACAAAUGCGUCGCUUCUCCCUUACUAUCCUGAGGAAUUUUGGAAUGGGGAAAAAACCCAUCGAAGAGCGAAUCAAAGAGGAAUCCCAGUUCCUGCUGGAAGAAAUUAGGAAGACAAAUGGGAAGCCCUUCAACCCCACUUACUACCUCAACCGUGCCGUCGCCAAUGUUAUCAGCUCCAUCCUUUUUGGGGACCGCUUUGACUACAAAAAUGAGUUGUUUCAGUUCCUCACAGUAGCAUCGAAUGAAAUCUUCCGAAGAAUGAGCACUGGUUCUGGACAGAGGUUCGACGUCUAUUACAGCUUCCUGAAGUAUUUCCCAGGACCCCAAACCAAGAUCAAUGAGCUCCUGAGACAGGUUAGAGCCGCCAUUUCCCAAAAGGUGAAGAGCAACCAGGAGACCCUUGACCUCAACUGCCCACGGGACUUUAUUGACUGUUUCCUCAUCCAGAUGGAAAAGGAAAAAGACAACCCAUCCAGCGAAUUUACCAUCAAAAACUUAGAGCUCAACGUCCUGCUUCUUCUCUUUGCUGGGACAGAGACAGUCAGCUCCACCUUGAGAUUCGGGCUUCUAUACAUGAUGAAAUAUCCCGAAAUCCAAGCAAAAGUGCAUCAGGAAAUUGACCAAGUGAUCGGCCGGACCCGUCCCCCAAACAUUGGCGACCGGACCCAAUUGCCGUAUGUGGAUGCCGUUGUCCAUGAAGUGCAGAGGUUCAGUGACCUCCUCCCCUUGAAUCUGAUCCACAUGGUUACCCGGGACACUGAGUUCAGAGGCUACAAGAUUCCAAAGGGGACAGAAGUCUACCCCCUCCUCAGCAGUGUCCUCUUUGACCCCACCAUGUUUAAAAACCCCUACACUUUCAACCCAGAGCAUUUCCUGGAUGAGAACGGACGUUUCAAGAAGAACGAUGCUUUUCUGCCAUUCUCCUCAGGGAAGCGGGUCUGUCUGGGCGAGACUUUGGCCCGCAUGGAGCUUUUCAUCUUCUUUGCCACCAUCAUGCAGAAAUUCCAGUUGAAGCCCCUUGUGGCUCCCAAGGACAUUGACCUGACUCCUCACGAGGUUGGAUUUGGGGCCAUCCCACCCUACUACCAGCUCUCCAUGAUCCAACGCUGACCUGGGAGGCCCGGCCAUAAGCGCUCUUGGACUAGCUUUAUGCUUGAGCUCCAUAGGAUUGAAAGCUUUGCUCUCCGUCUCUUUCCUGACUCUUGCGCAGAGAAUUUUAAAGAUGGCUUCCAUAUUCAGAUUUCACCUCCAGAUUAUAGCUUCUUGAAGUGACCCGCAGUUGUAAUCCCAGGUGUGGAGCAGAGGGACUUUUGACUUGUUACAUCUUGACCUGUCUCAGAAUUCUGAUGCCUCUUGAAUUGUCUCUUUCUUUCUGUGUGUAUGUGUGUGUGUGUGUGAUUGUACACUCAUGUGUGAAUGUCUGUCUGUCUGUCUAUGUGUGUGUGUGUGUAUAUAUAUAUAUAUAUAUAUAUAUAUGUAUGUAUAUGUAUAUAUUUGUCUUAUAUAUUUAGGUGGCUUUAAGCUUUGAGUUGCCUCAGAAUAAUAAAAUUUACAAUAAUACAUUUAA